AUGUCUCCGAAGAAGACUUGGUUUCUUCCACCUGAUUUUACUUUCCUGGAAAAUGGUCACCUCAAGCUAGGAACGGUGCUCGCUCACCCGAAGGAUCCCACUCGAGUGCUCCUACAUUCAGACAGUAUCUCAGCGAUAACGCCCUCGAUCUGUUUGCCCUCAACACAAGUCCUGGUAGAGCCUAACCACGGCCAUAUUGACAGCGGAAGUACCUCAGUGGGGGGCAAGCUCUGGGCCAAUUUCGUGCAGCUGGCGUCAGCGUCCAUCAGUUUAGAUCUAGAAUGGAGAAAGAGUGUGGAGUAUGGGGCCGUCGACCACGAAGUCCAUGUGUUCAAUCGAGAGUUCACGAAUGAUGCCCUUUCGGCUAUCGUUGCGCAACCCGACGUGAAAAGUUUCAUAGACAGUGGUCUCUGGGGUAAACGGCGGAUCUAUAUUGUGUCGGGGCUGAGGAUCACGACGACGAGUAUGAAGGUGAUGACAGGGCGGGGCACGGCUCGAGGAGUGGGUGUAGGCGGUUCUGCACCUAUUGGUGGGCUCCCGGUGGAGGUAGGGGUUGAUUUACACCAGGGGAUAGCAAGGGAUAAGAUGGACUCCUAUGAAACGGACCAGAGGGUUAUUUUCGCCUACAGGUUGAGUGUUAUCAAGCCGAAAAAGAAGGGUGGUGCUGAACCGGGAAUACUAUUCUCACACAGAACCGCAUUUAUGAACGGGGGAGUUGAUGACGAGAAGGUGGAGAUGGAAGUUGCUGAUAUUGAUAUGCAAGAAUUGAGGGAUGACCCUGGAGAGGAAGGCUUUAAUUUUGUUGAGCAUGCUGUUGGGGAUGACGAUGUUCUCAUAACGUUAGGUUGA